AUGUCUCGGAAACCACCGCAGCCGCUUCCCACCAUCCCCAAGGCCGACGAGAUCGUCCCCAUGGUCAAGCGCAUCCUCGCGGUCCAGCGCGUCGCCCGCGAACGCGCCGUCGCGACCGUCUCCCCCUCCGAGGCCAGCUUCGCCAACGUCAUCGCUCCGUUCCUCGAGGCUGACGACACCACGCAGGGCGAGGCGGGCGUCUUUGGCCUGCUCCGCUUCAGCGGGCCGGACAAGGCCACGCGAGAGGCCAUCGAGGAGGGGGUGAGGCUCUGGUCCGCGUCGACGGCGGAGAGGUUGCGAUUGGAGGGGGUCUACGAGCUCGUGAGUGCUGUCAGGGAGAAGGGCGAGGCGCUGGGGCGCGAGGAGAGGAAGAUAGUGGAGGACUUGUGGCUGGACUACCGCGGGGCCGGGCACGGGGUUCUUGACGGGGAGGGGAUCGCGGCCUAUCUGGAGAGGAGGGAAAGGAUCGAGGAGCUGAAGGAGGAGUUUCGGAAGAAUCUGCGCAAAGGGGGCGACGGGGUGUGGCUCGAGGAAGCAGAGUUGGAGGGGGUUCCGGCAUCAGAGAUGGAGAGGUGGAAGACGGGGAGGGAGGACGUGCCGGAGGAGAAGGGGAAGAGGUUCGUGACACUGGAACGGGCGGACUAUGACGCUGUUCUGCGACAUGCCCGUGACCCGGAGGCACGGAGGCGGGUAUACGUUGCGUCCGACAACAGGUUCCCGGAGAACGUGCCGCUGUUCAAGGAGAUGCUGGUGUUGAGGGACGAGAACGCCAGGUCGUUGGGUUAUAAGAGCCACGCCGAGUUCCGGAUGCAGAGAAAGGUUGCGCCGUCGGCGGAGUGGGUGGAAGGCUUCUUGGCGCGGCUGAGGGCGGACCUGAUGCCCAGGGGGCAGGAGGAGAUGAGGAGGCUCGGGAGGAAAAAGAGGGAACACCUGCAGGGGCUUUCUGUCGGAACCGAGGAUUCGGGGGACUGGGAGAAGAUCUUGCCGUGGGACUGUGCCUUCUAUACCCGCCUCCUCGAGGAGGAGGCCGAGGUCGACCACGAGAGCAUCUCGGGGUACUUCCCCUUGGGACACACACUGUCCGCCAUGUUGGGUCUCUUUACCGACUUCUUGGGCCUCGAGUUCGUGCCGGUGCCCAGGGAAGACUUGGUGGGCAAGGUCUGGGAUCAGGAGGUGGAGGUUUGGGGCGUCUGGGAGGGGAGAGGGGAGAGGAAGGGUGAGUUCGUGGGCUACCUCUAUGCCGACAUUCUCUGGAGGGAGGGCAAAUACCGCACUGCGUGCAACGUCAAUUUGCAAUGUGGGUAUGCCAAGGGGGGCGGGAGCAGAGUGUACCCCGCCACGGUCCUCAUGUGUGCCUUCCGGCCUCCGACGGAGGCAUCUUGUGCGCUGUUGAAGCACCACGAGGUCGUGACCUUGUUCCACGAGCUUGGCCACGGCCUCCACGACCUCAUCAGCCGGACGAAACACACGCGCUUUCACGGCACGCGGGUGGCGGCUGAUUUCGGCGAGACGCCCAGCACGAUGCUGGAGAAUUGGUGCUGGAUGCCGACAGAGCUGAUCAAGAUGGGCCGGCACUACACGCGGGUGGUCCCGGCGUACAUGUCCAAGUGGCGCGAGGCCCAUCCUGCCGGCGAGGAGCCGCCGCCGGAAAGGAUGCCGGAGGAGGUCGUAAGGAAGCUGGUUGAGAGCCGGGAGCUGAAUCGAGGGCUGUGGUUUCUGCGCCAAUUGGUCUUCGCGACGUUUGACAUCACCGUCAACAAGCAAGAGUCCACGCAGGCACUGAGGGAUCUGGACGAGGUCGGGUUGUUCAACGAUCUUCAGGACUCUCUCAACCUGAGGCCUAACCCGGACAAACGGGGCUAUGGAUACGUCCACUCCACACACUUUAUUGAGCUGUACGAUGCUGGAUACUACGCUUAUUUGAGCGCCCACGCCUUCGCGGCGGACUUCUUCGAGACGUAUUUCGCGAGGGACCCUCGCGACCCGGAGGCGUGGGAUCGAUACCGGCAUGGCAUUCUGGAGUACGGCGGGAGCAGGGACGCGAUGGGGAUGAUGACGGAGUUUCUCGGUAGAGAGACUGGCCCGGAUGCGCUGUUGCGGAGUCUCAGCUUGACGAAGGGAGACCGGAACUCCUUGGGUGCGAAGAGUUGGGCCCCGAGACCUGGUAAAUAA